AGUGGGGUGGCUCGGUGACGUCGGUGGUGGCCCACAGUGUCCGUGGCUGGAGAGGCCGGAGGGACGGACAAGGAGGCCAGGACCGAGAAACCGAGGAGGGCCGAGCCGGGCCAGGCCAGGCCGGAGCCGGGAGAGGCCGGAGGCCCGGGACCACACCAGGCCGGGCCGGACCAGCCCGGGGGAGCCGGUCCUAGGGCCCAGGCCCCGGGGCCCCGCGGGCGGGGACAGCCCCAUGGCCCUCCCUCCUCCUCCUCCUCCUCCUCCUCUGCUGCUGCUACUGCUGCUUCUGGGAGCCGGUGCCCAAGACCUGAAGGUGGAGGUGACUCCCGAGGUGCGGGGGCGGCUGGGGGGCACCGUGGACCUGCCGUGCCGCCUGCUGCCCACGGGGCCGGAUGUCAAGGUGUCCCAGGUGACGUGGGUGCGCUGGGACGGGGUCGGCAGGAGCUACAGCGUGGCCGUCUCUCAUCCCGAGCAUGGAGCCAGUUACCCGGACCCCGAGACCGAUGGGCGGCGGCUGAAGUUCCUCUCGGCCGGGUUGGGGGGUGAGGCCGCCCUGCGCGAUGCCACCCUGCAGGUGCGGGAGUUGCGGGCUCAGGACCAGGGCAAUUACACCUGCGAAUUCGCCACCUUCCCCCGGGGCAACAGCAAGGGGGCCACCUGGCUCAGAGUGGAGGCUGAACCCCGGAAUCAGGCUUGGGCCCAGGAGGUGACGCAGGGCUCGCUGCCCACCACUGUCACCUUCUGUGUCUCCGCUGCGGGCCUCCCGGCCGCCCGCCUCUCCUGGUCCACAUCCCUCACCUACAAAGCCAAGGUCACCCAAGAAGAGCUGCCUAAUGGCACCGUCACUGUCACUAGCCAACUCACCCUGCUGCCCACCCGAAGCAUCCAUGGGCAAACCGUCACCUGCAAGGUGGAACAUGAGACCCUGCAGGAACCCCAGAUGCUGCCUGUCACCCUCGUCAUACGCCACCACCCCGAGGUCACCAUCUCCAGCUAUGAUGACAACUGGUUCAUCGGCCGCAGCGAUGCCACUCUGAACUGUGAUGCCCAGAGCUACCCAGAGCCCACAGUCUACGAGUGGAGCACACUGUUGGGCCCCCUCCCCCCAACAGUCGUGGUCCAGGGCUCCCGCCUCGUCGUUCACACCGUGGAUAGUCAGGUGAACACGACCUUCGUGUGCAGCGCCACCAACGCCGUGGGCACCGGGCGGGCCGAGCAGACCAUCCUAGUCAGAGAGAACCCCAACCCGGCUGGGUCCGGGGCCACCGGUGGCAUCAUCGGUGGCAUCAUUGCAUCCAUCAUAGCCAUGGCCGUGAUUGCCACCGCCGUCCUCAUCUGCCGGCAACAGCGCAAGGAACGGAGUCCCCAGGGAGACUCUGAGGAGGAUGACAGCCUCGGGGGGCCCCCUGCCUACAAGCCCCCACCUCCCAAGGUGAAGCUGGAGGAGCCCGAGGUGCCCCUCCAGCUCUACUCCCUAGAUAACUGUGAUCACGCCCCCCUGAAGACCCCGUACUUUGAGCCAAGUGUUUCCACCACAGAACAGGAUACUCCUCGCUACCACGAGCUGCCCACAUUGGAGGAGCGGGUCGGGGGAUCCGGGCUAAGGGGCCCGGAGCCGCAGGAGCUCGGGGAGGAGGAGGAGGAAGAGGAUGAAGACGACGAUUACCUGGACAAGAUCAACCCCAUCUAUGACGCGCUGGCCUUUGCGGCAGCCGAGGCCUACCAAAAAGGCUUCGUCAUGUCCCGGGCCAUGUACGUAUGAGUGGCCGGGGAGGCUUCAGGCAAGGGGUACAUCUCCUCUGAACCCCCCCACUCUUCGGGGCUACUGAACGGGCCCUCACGGGGCAUCCUCUCCCGUUCAUGACUGCCCUCGGCUCUCCGCCAUCCCCCUGUGACCUCUCUCCCUCUAGGGCCCAUGGAACCCCACUCUGCUCCCGACCCUCGUGACCUCAUCCCUUGGUGCUUCUGCUCAUGAUCUGCACAGCCCCCCGACCCUCUCCCCCUCUCUGCCGCUCCAACCUGAGCCUUCCUCCAGCAGCAGAGAGCCCUCGCCCUCUCCCCGAGCCAUCCCCUCCCUCUCUGUUGCUCCAACCUGAGCCUUCUUACUGCAGCAGGGAGCCCUCCCCAUCACCCACCUGCUCUCUCCCCAACCUUCUCCCGUCCACCUGCGGACUUUUAAGCUUCUCCUCCCGCAGGCGGGAGAUUUGGGGUCUGGACACCUUCCUUUCUGCCCCUGCUUCCAACCCCUAAGGGUCCUGGGCAGACCCUGCUGCUCCUCAAGGGGUUGGGCCCAGUGCCUUAAGGAGAUACUUGACAUUGUAAACCAUCCCCAACUCCCCCUUCCCCCCUAUAAACGCUCCUCCGAGUGGCUUGUUUGCCCCUUUCCCAUCCCAGAGUGGAGAGGGAGGGAGGUCUAAGCCAACCAUUAUUAACACUGUUGACUAUCUUCCCUGAGCUGCAGUGUGAGGAGGACUGGGGAUUAAUCUUGAAGAGCUGGGGAGGGGGGAAUCAAAGUGGUCUGACCCAUUAGCCACUAAGGGAAAGACAGAGGGGAACGGACUCAGGGGGUGUCCCAUCCCGCCCUCCAGAAUUGCACAGGUUUGUCACUGGUGUUUCCUACAAAAUACAUCUUUGUACUCUGA